AACCCCAUCACCCAUCCGGCCCGACAAGACUUGAAAAACCCACCACCCUACCCUUCUUUCUCCAUUCUCUCUCAAAUCUUUAUCCCUUCUCCGAUCUCCAUUCUCCACCCCAUAUGUCUCCUUCUCACUUCCCUUCUCCGUGUCCUGCUGCUCUCCCCAGUCCCCACCUUCGGAAGCUUGGGAUAUCCGGCACUUAGUAGCCAAUCAUCAAACGAAAGCAGUCUCUCUUCUUUUUUCCUUUCAUUUUAAAUAACUUAAAACCAUAACCCUAAACAAAAGGAACCUUUUUGUAUUCUCUCUCUCUCUCUCUAAACUCGCUUCUCCCCUUCCCCAUCACUUCAUUUAUUGCCCCUUCUUUGUCAUAGGUGGGCCUCUUCCCCAUGUGCCCUCUAAGAAUAGAUAGAAAUUAAAAGAGAGAGAGAGAGGGAGGGAGAAGAUAUAGAGAGUGUUUAUUAUUUGUGUGUUGUACGCUCCAAGCACUUGCAUUCACCACCACCACCACUCUCCACUCCCACCAAAACUCUCUUCAUAUUUCUCUCCUCUCUCUUGUCUCUCCCUUUCUCUCAUUCCCGUUGUUUUUAUUCCUCUCAUAUAUUUGUCUUCUCUCUUAUCUCUCUCUUUUAUUCCAUUGCCGUUAUUGGUGGAAUGGAUAUGGAUUUAUCCACGGAGACACCGAAAGGAAGAAGCUCUGACUCCUCGUCUCCGGAGUUCGAGUUCUGGGUGGUCGGUAAUCCUUCUCAUCCCCAACAGGAAUUACUCACCGCGGACGAGCUCUUCGUCGAUGGCGUCCUCCUCCCCCUCCACCUUCUCUCCGUCGUCCACUCCGAACAGAAGCCCCGGCUCGAACCGGAACCGGAACCGGAGCCCGAACCGGCUGAGACUCCACCGGAUACCUCCCCGCCGCCUCCGUCAGAGCCCUCGCCGGCGUCGAUCACCUCGUCGAUCUCGUCGUCGCCGUCGUCCGGGUCGAAGCGGUGGAAGGAUAUAUUCAAAGUCGGUGAGAAGAAGGGGGAGGAGAAGGAGGGGCAGCGGCGAGAGCGGAUGAGCGGCGGCGCGGAGCUUAACAUCAACAUCUGGCCCUUCUCGCGGAGCCGCUCCGCUGGCAAUGGCGCCGCCGCCGGCCGGCCCCGGGCAUCCGCCAUGGCCGGCCGGAAGUCCAGCAGCGCCCCCUGCUCCCGGAGCAACUCCCGCGGUGAGUCCUCCAAACCCUCCAGCGGCGGCGGACCGACGAGGAGGUGGGCGGCCAGCCCCGGGCGGGCCGGGCUCAGCGGGGGGGUCCACCUGGGCCGGACCAGCCCGGUGUGGCAGAUCCGGAGGGGCGAGAAGCGAAGCGAGCCGGCGGCCGGCCGUGGGCCGGAGAGGGCGAACCAGAGGGAUAAUAAGGUCACGGGGCGUAAGAAAGGGAGUGGGAUUGGAGGUGGAGUUAGGGUGCUUAAUUUGAAUGUGAACACUUGCAUUGGAUAUCGGAACCAGGUGAGCUGUAGGGGUGACGAUAAGGACGGGGUGACUGACGGUGGCCAGACCGCCGGUGAGGCGGGUGGAAGCAACAGGAGCAUCUUUAGUUUGAGAUCCUUCUUCUCCAAGAAGGUCUACUGAUGAUUUGGAGAUCGAAAACUCUUCCCCAAACCCUUUUUUUUUUUUGUGGGGGCGGGGGGAGGGAAGCGUAAGGAGUGAUGGGUUUGGUACUUUUGUUUCAGCUGAUCAUGCUUACUUGUAAUUAACUACUCCUAAAGUAAUCUACUUUUGUAUAUUCUAAACUUUAAUUAGCAUUACUUCUUUGAUAAGUGUAUCUAGAAUGUAUUAUAUUGCUUAGAGAUUAUAUGAAAGUGACCACAAAUAAAU